AUGGACAAACACGUUCCUUAUAAGCCGCCCGAAUCUGGCCUCAGUCCUCAAACUACUGAUCCAAACGAAGAUACAUCCAUGUUGAUGGCGCAAUUGAUGGCAAUCCAUUGCUAUCACUCAGACCCUGAUGAAAGUCUCAAUGAACACAUUGAGCAACAGAUAUCUCAUUCCUUUAACAUUGCAGAAUCCAAAUAUGAUUUAGUUUCCUUGGAACAUGUUGCCAAGCAACAACACCAUCUAAAUGGUAAACAACAAAACGAUCUUUACAAUGUUAUAAAAGACUUUGAACCCUGGUUCAACGGUAACCUCGAUCGUUCCGGCAAACUUGGCCCUUUCAAAGGUCCUAAAGCACGCCUCGAACUUACUCCCAAAGCAAAACCAUUUCAGAACCGUCCAUAUUCGGUCCCCAAGAGUCAUGAAGCUGUCUUCAAGAAAACUAUUGAUAAAAUGGUCCAAUGGGGUAUUUUGGAGAAAUGCGGUCCAAUGGACUACUUAUCUCCCACCUUUAUUGUUCCGAAAAAGGAUGGUAGAGUUAGAUUUGUUUCCGACUUUUGGCAACUAAACAAGAUGAUUAAACGCAAGGUUUGGCUACUGCCAAGAAUACAAGAUAUUCUAAAGAAACGAAAUGGCUACAAGUAUUUCACAAAGCUUGACCUUUCGAUGUUUUUCUACACAUUUGAAAUGGACGAAGCGUCGAAGGACCUUUGUGGCAUUGUCACACCCUUCGGCAACUAUCGUUACACGCGUCUUCCUAUGGGCGUCAAACAAUCUCCUGACAUUGCUCAAGCACACAUUGAACAGCUCCUUGCUGACUUCAAAGAAGCAGACGUCUACAUUGACGAUGUUGGAAUCUUUUCCAACAAUUGGAACUCGCACAUGGACAGCCUCAGAAAAAUCUUGCGAAUCUUGCAAGAUCAUGCUUUUACCUGCAAUCCGCUGAAAUGUGAAUUUUGUGUGCAAGAAACUGAUUGGCUUGGUUAUUGGCUCACGUCUACUAGAAUCAAACCCUGGAAAAAGAAGAUCGACGCAAUCCUCAGACUCAAACCUCCCAAGUCUGUCUUAGAACUCCGUUCCUUUAUUGGCGCAGUAACCUUUUACCAUGACAUGUUUCCAAAACGUUCACACAUUCUCGCGCCUUUGACUGCACGUAUUGGACACAACAAGAAGAAAUUAGAUUGGACACCCGAAUGUCAAAAGGCCUUUGACCGCAUCAAAGCUGUACUCUCAAAGGAUGCAUUUCUGGCCUAUCCAGACCAUAAUCAACCUUUUCACGUCUACUGUGACGCUAGCGACUAUCAACUGGGUGCCGCUUUUUUUCAGAACGGCAAACCUGUUGCCUAUUACUCUCGUAAGCUUUCUAAAGCACAGUUGAACUACACUGUUGGAGAAAAAGAAAUUCUCUCCAUUGUGGAAACUCUCAAAGAGUAUUGCACCAUGCUGUAUGGUGUCAAGGAACUACAUGUCUACACUGACCACAAAAAUCUGACCUUCCAGAAUCUCCAAAGCCAACGCGUCCUACGCUGGCGCCUAUUCCUCAAAGAUUUCCAUCCAAUUUUCUCGCCUAACUAUGACACCGCCUCGGUGGCAGAAUGA